CACCGUAAUCAUGUCGCUGCCGCUCUGCUCCGCAACAAGUCUUCCUUCUUGACUCGUAUACGUUCGCUCGCUGCUCCGCUCCUUCUCUUCUCGUCACGGAUUCGUGUGCUCAAUUUUUUUUUUCUUUUUCCAAGCCGAAGAACAAGACUCACUACUAGUGUGGCACACAAGCACGCACACGAGCGUAAAGACGAUGUCGAGGCAGGAAAAUGCCGUACUGCAGCAGUAGCGAGCAGUCAACGGCUUAUUCCAGCCGAGAGGAGCCAAUGCACCCGAGAGAGAUUGAUCUUCCUUAAAAUUCUCAAUGCGUCGUGGCUCCUGAGAACCGAGGGCUCUCAUUUGAAAAAAAACGGCAUACGUCGCCAGAGGAAAGCUAGAGAGUGAGCGAGAGAGAAUAAAAGACUUCAGCAAAGUUAAAAGAAGACGAAAAAAAUGGGCGAAAGCUCUCCGGACUUGAGUCUAAGGCUGCGGCGUGGCAGCUCCGACUCCAGGGAUUCUUUCUACAUGGACUUUGCUCAGGGCAUAGACUCCGACAUAGAAGAAGUAGUGAAGCCAUCGGAUAACUUGGACGGAUUGAUCAGUGAUUUGCUGGACGAUAGCGGUGCUGAUUUACCACUAGCCGAUGAAACUGAUAUUCCGACCAUACCCGAAGAAGCAUCUGAAGAGCUGAGACUUGAAGAGGAGGCUGAUGCGCUUGAGGCGGCUUUAGCAGGAGCUGCUGAGAUGACUGGAAAAAAGGAUAAAAUUACUGCUGACUGGCCGGGACUACCGGCGGCUUUACCGUCGCCUGCCUCGCCUUCGGCGGUGAUCGUCUCGCCGGAGACGCUGUCUCGACACAGCAGCAGCUCACCGUCUCGCAACAAGGACAGUGGCAUCGCCGUUACAACCAGACAGCCGCAGUACGUCUUGACAUUGCCGUGCAAUACGCAACCGAUACCCGCAGUAUGCUAUCCAACGCCCAACUACCUCGAGCUCGAUGUUGGCGCCGAGCGAAAUCUUAAGAACGCAGGAUGCGACGCGUUCGCAACGACGCUAAGCGCCUUGUAUGGAAAGCUUUUGGUUGUCAUGGGUAUCGCCUUCCCCAUGGCUGAAGUCAUAUCUACCUACAUACCACCGUCAUUCUACGAGGGUUUCUAUCUCUACCUCUACUUCGGUAGCAUGCUGUUUUUAUUCAUCAUGUAUCUUACCAUGUGCGGCGACUCCAAGCCCAAACAAAAAAAGCCAAAAGAUGUGAGCGAUCUCGACUCGUCGUUAUCUUCAAGUGGCGGUGGUGCAGACAGUGAUAGUCCCGACUCGCGUUAUCCACACCAUGGUUUCCAUCGGCCGACUCAACACUACGGUAGCUUCUACUUGCGUAUGGGUGCCGUCGCCUUUGGAAUUGGCUCGAUGAUUUACUCGGGUCUCGAAUUCGGACAGUACUUCGAGCUCGAGCACAACACCAAGUGCCAUAACAUAUUGCUCGCACUCACACCUACCACGCGCAUGGCCUUCACCUUCAUACAGAUGUACUUCAUCUUUCUCAACGAUAAGCAAAUGACAGUGUAUAAUCAUCGUGUUCUCGCACGGUUUGGUCUAAUGCACAUGAUCGGCACGAAUCUUGCUGUUUGGCUAAACGUUCUCAUCCAAGAAACGAAACACGAGAUACUCACAUUUUAUAAUCCGGAAAAUAAUUCUCUUCGCAUUUCGCACAGAUUAGGCACGAAAGCCGGCCAUCUACACCUUGGCGGUCAUGUAGCUCACGAUCCACAUGCUGGAGCUCACGCGAGAAUAGCACGAGGCUUAAAAGGUCCUCAUCAUAUAUUCGAAUGUCGACGUACCAACAUUAUGGGCUCACUCGUACAAGAUGCCUCGCCAUUCCUUUUUCCUUGUACUAUCGAGUACAGUCUUAUCUGUGCUGCUAUACUUUAUGUUAUGUGGAAGAAUAUCUCCAAGUGGCCGAACAAGCAAGCGAUGCCGCUUACACGGCAUCACACCCACGUUUAUAGGAGGUCACCACAUCACUACAGCGUCGAUUGUGCACGAGCGCACAAAGGACUAUUCUUGGGUAUCCUCAUUCUCGUCCUCACCAUCAUUUCACUCAUUUUGUUCUUCGUAAUGGCUUCAAGACCAGAACUCGUAGCGUUGGCCGUACAAGAGGUGAAUAUAUGCGAGCUGACGCUCUACGGAAUGUCGACUUUGGCAACGAUGGUUGGGAUGUGUCAAAUGAGUAAAUUGCGUUACGAUGGCACACGAAAUCUGGAACUCGACAACAUCCUACUUGUGGCCGCGCAAACUGGAAUGUUCAUCUACUCAACUUUUACCAUAAUUGGCAGCCAUUUCACGCUCGAGAAGCACACGGUUUUAGUAUUGAUAACCGCAUUGGCAAGUGUGGUGCAGACGACGUUUCAGACGAUUUUCAUACUGGAUGCAUCUAAGAGAACUGUCGCAUCGGCCAAACAUAUGAAGCAUAAACCUGGCAGACAGGUGGUUACUUUCUUACUAGUGACAAAUCUGUCGAUGUGGGCAAUCAAUACGCUUGAAAAGUCGAGAGCUGAAUCGCAUCCAGUACAACUGCACUUUUACGGACUCUGGGCGUGGACCAUUAUAACGCAUGUUUCGAUGCCUCUAGCAAUCUUCUACAGGUUUCACAGCACGGUAUGCCUGUGCGAGAUAUGGAAGAAAGCGUACAAAGUGAAGCCGACCUAUAUAUGACGCAAGGGGCAAUCGAAGAGGAGACACUCGGCGACGAUGUCAACGGCGACAACGUCGGCUACGGUGGUUAAUCGUCAUCAAAGACCGAAUAAUUUGCCUACGCAGCUUGACCGUAUCGCCGAGAACGAUCCCACAUACUUCAUCUGAUCGCUUACACUCGCGAAACUCCAGCAAAUCGCUGCUCAGCAUGUGCCACCAAGACGAUCGAUACUCAUUAUUCGAACUGAAUUGUAAUGAGAUUUUUGGCGUAAUUGCGCUUGUAUGUUAAUUAGACGCUACUAAUAUUAGUGAAAAUUGAAAUGAACAUUAUUGAAAAGUUAAAGUACUGGAAUGUUCGAAAAAUAAACUAAAAUCUUAUUUUGAAUGAAAUGAAAGUUUAUUUACACAAGCACGUAGCAAUAACAAUCAAAAAUAACAGUAGCUGUUUGAGAAGCUGCGUUUAUAGCAUUUUAAAAAGCGUGUUAUGUUAAUAUACAAGAAAGCCACAAUGGUAUCGCAAUUCGUCAAACUGGUAUAAAACUGAAGGGCGAUCAACUGGAAAUUCGCGAGAAUCGAUGUGACCGUAUGCUGUGAUUGCGAUAAGUUCACACGACCUCUUCCAACAUAUCGAGAGCAUUCUAUUCGCACCGAUCGGUAAAAUCCACUUGGAAAAUACAAUAUUUUAAUCUGGCUAGUAUACUAAUCUUUGCUUUACCCAAAUCGUUAGCAUAGGGUCUUGCAAAAUCAUUUUUAAAGUUGAUAUUAAUUGUUGUUCUAAUAGAAACCGAUCGGUCAUGAAUGGACGAUACUCGAUAAAAAACCAUUCACACAAUCGUUGUCACCUAGACCAAAAUCCCGUGAGGACCGAGACGAAGUAUGUAAUAUCCCAACUGUGAUUAUCAGAAAAAUUAAAACUUUCAAAGAUUAGUUCACAUUGGGCGAGUUGUAGCGUUUUCGUUGUACCGAUCUUCAACAACCUCGAUAUAAAACAGGAUUUGCGACCAAACAAAACCUUUGCCAACGACUUUUCCCAAAGAAGAACACUUUUCUCUUUAAGAAUGGUACGAUGUUAGCUUUAGAUAAAAACAAAUCGAAAAAAUUAAUCUGCUGAGGAAUUUUCCUCUUGAGUAUUCGCUUUUGAGCUUUUGUCCAUUAGUAUUUAAUAAAAAAAGUGACGAUAGCUAUGAUAGGUAAUCAUAAUUUCCUUUUUCGUUGAUAAUUAAUCGAUAUUAAAGUUAUAAGAAUUUUAUAAAACGCUUUUUUGCAUUGAACUGUUUUUGUAACAAAACAUUAUACCUAACGCACGCAAUGUUAGAGUAGCAAAUUCACAUGUUGAUAAAGGACCAUUUCGAUAUUGUAGAAUUCUUCGAGCUAGUCUUUUAUACCUUUUUAUAUGGCAAAAAUAUUUUUCCAAUGGGACCGUAACCUUUUCUAAAUAAAUCAACGUAGAGAAAAUUAAAUAAAUGAUUAGAAGUCCUGUGGUUUUUAGAUGAAAAUCAGAAUCGAUCUAGUAGCUGCAUGGUUGAUCGAAAAAUACAUUCCGAUAAAAUGUUCUUUUAUACACAGACCACUAUUUGUCUUCCAUAGAGUACAAACUAUCAUGGACCUACUAUUUAUUCACACUAUUAAUUCAUAGAUUGAUCAUUGCGGGUAAUUUUUUACUAACGUCGAGAGGUCUAUUUGCUAUCAAUAUUCAUGUCUAAUGAAAAUAUAGUGUUUUCAUUGGUAAAUUUAAUAUCAAGUCAAAUUGCGUACAUUGUCUAAAAUUCAAAAGAUAUGAAACAUGCAACUACAUUAAAAAUUGAUACUGUAACUGCCAGUCAUAUCAGUGAAUUUGAAAAUCGCUGGCGAUCGGUGAAAAAAUGCUCGAUAAAACGAGUGUUCACAUUUUUUUAUUUGAGGUAUAAUCAACGUGAAUGAAUGAUUGAGAGAUAGAACAAUGUUUUCGUUCACGCAGAAUGAAAGCAAUGAAUAAUGUGAGCUUCGAUACAAUCCACGAAAGAAAGUGUAUUAGUAAGUAUUCAUAGAGUAGAAUAGAUUUUUUCUCAUUUUUCAAAAGGAAUAUUAUUCUUGUAUUCGAUAUAUAAUUUCCAUGUAAUGAUAUGAAGAAUGUAAUGUUAAUUUUAGAAGAAAUUUAAACUCAUUCUCAGUAUUAACAAACCAAAAAAAUUGUAUUAACGAUAUUUCGUUUAUUGUUCGAUAUAAAAAAGAAUUGAAAUUGAAAUUAAAUAUUAUAGAAUUUUGUAAUUGUACAGCAAUAAAAAUGUGAUAUUUUUAACUGUUUAAGUUGUAAUUGCGUUCGUAAGAAUAACUCACGAUAAAAAUGGAUCAGUUGGUAUUACAACAAGCAAAGGUAAUGUGAAAAAACGUAUUCUAAUUCUGAUUGUGUGUAAUCGAUAUCCCGACGAUUGAAAAUUAUAAAAAAAGAGACAAACAUAUAUUGACUGUCUAAAACCAAAAAAUCGUUAGUUUGAAUCGUUUCGAUUCGAUUGAUUAUUUUAACUGCUAAACAAACGAUAUUCUCGAUAUAGCAAUCCUAGCUGUAAGAUAAUAGUUGACUAGUUUGAAAACGAUGACUUUUGUAAAUAAUACGCCGCAGCGAAAGCGAGGGAGGAAACAUUCUUGAGUGUUUUAGAUUAGUCGUGUCGACAUGUUUCUUCCUAUAUUACAUUGAAUUAUAUUAUAUUGUGUAUACACAUGCAUAAAAGCUAUAUAUAUUUAUUAUUGCGUUGUUCUAUCAUAAUAUUUAUUGUAAACGUCGCGCCUGCUGACAUGUUUUUUACAGACUAAUUGAUUCUUCAGCAAGAAGAUACUGAAAGGAACUGCAUAGACACAUAAAUCCAUCGCUUUUGUGCUGAGGUGCGAAUUGAAUAUGGUUCGUUAAUUGAAAAUAGUUGGUACGGUAUAACAAUAAAAUAUUACAAAAUUAUAAUACGAAAGAAAGUAAAAAAACUCUAAAUAUUACUUUCUUUACCAAAAGGUAUUUUAUACAUUAAAAAAAUUUCAAGUUCAAAAUUUUUAAUUAAAGUAAACGAAUCUCUAAGCAUCACGGCACAAACGCGCACUAAAAGUCGCAUUUUUCUAUGUCCGCAUAAUCUAGUUCCUACGCAAUGUUUGUACUCUGGUACCCUUUAUACUAUUUGUACCUUUGAAUCGCAAUACACAGUCGUCCGGAAUAAUCGUCGAGAUCAAAAAGCUGAUAAAAAAUAACAAAAAAACAUUAAAAAAGAUUUGCAAAAUUUAAACAAUAAUCUUUCGUUUUAUACCUCAAACCCACAAUAAUAGCAAUGAUAAAAUCUGUUUACCGGCAAGCUUAACGCUUCACCAUACAACCACACCUUCAUGUGUAUGUAGAUAACAGAAUAAGAGAAGUAAGAACGGAUCGAAGCUUCGAGCUGCGGUGUCAAUGACCCGACCUAACGGCGUCCCUGGUCGACGUAUAUCUGUACAUGUGCAUGCACUGUGCUCCAAGGUCGACACUUGUCGGAUUUGCAGGUACUACUGUUUACAUUAUGACAAUGUAUGCCCCCCGUAGGGGCUGUUUGAAUGAGCGUUGCUUUGUUUAAUUAUUUGAAGGGGUAGUUUCUUCUUAAUUCGCUAUUGAUUAAUGUUAAAACUGCAAUUGGCUGCUUGUUUGUACAUUUUUCGGAUUCUUUUUUUUUGCAUUUUGUGCCAUUUAAAAUCCAUUCCA